CUAAAAAUGAAUGUGAAGUUUAAGGGAAUAGUUGGGGUGGCAAAAUCGCGGUAUCGAGAAGAUGUUGAAUGUUUCAAUUGGGAGAUGUUGGAUUUCCCAUGUGAAUGAUGGCACUUAUUAGAAUUCAUUGGGAUGGAAUAUAUUUUUUUAUUAUUUAGUCUCCAUCAUAUAUAUAUUUCUGAAACCCGUAGUAUUUAGUUGUCCCCUCAUACUGUUCUCUAUAGGGCAUCAAUUUACAUCACUCCACUUGUAAAACAUUUUAUUUUUCCUUGGAUAGUCACACUUGUGUACGAUUAUUAUUAUUUCUUGGAAAUCAAACUUCAAUUUAAGACGCACUUCAGUUCAGAGAACACUUAGCCUGCGUAUAUAUUCACCCCGCUGUUUACACUCUACUACCGAGGGGUUGAUCUGUGUCCUAAAAAUACAAAAUUAAUUCACUUAUCUAUAUAUAUACCCGUUUCAGUUACCCCCUUUUCUGACUUUUGAGAGCAAUCCAAAAAGCGUGCAUUUUAUCUCGUCUGACAUCUUGUGGCUUUGUAUUACUUAAAGGAAACACUGUCUACCAUCCUGAAGCCAAAAGACAACUUUCCCCAAUCCCGAAAAACAAACUUAAGGUUACUAUAAUUUCCGUGGCAUUUGCAUAACACCCCCCACAAAACUUUACUCGUUAAAGAAGUUUUGCCCCCUCACAAUUGCAUCCAUUUCCAUUCAUAUUUGUUCUGUUGCCGUUCCCUAAAGUUUUUUUUUUUUUAAUUUUUAAUUUUUAAUUUUUUAUUGUUCUAGUUGCCCCGAAACACUAUCUGUUUCUCCCAUCCCAUAUUUGUUUUUUUUUCCCUUAAAAAAAGCAGAUAAACAAGAAUUAUCAUCCAUAUAAUUACCAAUGGUUGCUCUUACUGUUCCAGUUGGUGAAGCCAAGGCUGGCGAAACCGCCCCUAGAAGAAGAACCGCUCAAAAGGACGCUGCUUUAGUUCGUCCACUCGACUCGAAGGCUUCCACCUUGCCUGAAUUCUUUGAAGAAAGUGUCAAAAAGAAUGGCACUCGUAACGCCAUGGGUUGGCGUGAUCUCAUCGACAUUCAUGUCGAAAAGAAGGAAAUCACCAAGGUUGUCAAGGGUAAAGAACAAACUGUGGAAAAGGAAUGGAUUUUCUAUGAAAACUCACCAUAUCGCUAUUUGUCUUACCCAGAUUUACUCACUUUGAUCAAUGAUUAUGGUAGAGGUCUUGUUGCUCUUGGAUUGAAGCCAAACCAAGAAGAUAAGGUUCAUAUUUUUGCUCAAACUUCUCAAAAGUGGAUGCAAACUUAUUUGGCCACUCAAACCCAAUCUAUUCCAAUUGUCACUGCUUAUGACACUUUGGGAGAAUCUGGUUUGACCCAUUCUUUGGUUCAAACUGAAUCUAAUGCAAUUUUCACCGAUAACACUCUUUUGACUCAAUUGGUUAAGCCAUUACAAAAGGCCAAGAGUAUCAGAUAUAUCAUCCAUGGUGAUGAAAUUGAUCCUAAUGACAAGCGUCAAGGUGGUAAGAUGUACUCAUCUGCUAAGCAAGCAAAGGAAAAGAUUUUGGAAGUUAGACCAGAUAUCAAAUUUUAUUCCUAUAAUGAAGUUAUUGCCUUGGGUAAGAAGAAUAAGGAUAUUCCAUUCAACUCUCCAAAGCCAGAAGAUUUGAGUUGUAUCAUGUACACCUCUGGUUCCACUGGUGACCCUAAGGGUGUCGUUAUUUCUCAUGAAAACAUUGUUGCUGCCAUUGCCGGUGUUUCAUGUGUUGCUGGUAGAGAUUUGGUCAAGAGAGGUGAUAGAAUUAUUGCCUUCCUCCCACUUGCUCACAUUUUCGAAUUAGUUUUCGAACUUAUGACCUUCUGGUGGGGUGGAUGUCUUGGUUAUGCCAACGUUAAGACCUUGACUGACACUCUGUGCCGGAACUGUCAAUCAGACUUGUCUGAAUUCAAGCCAACUAUUAUGGUUGGUGUAGCAGCUGUGUGGGAAUCUGUGAGAAAGGGAGUUUUGGCUAAAGUUGCCAAGGUCCCAUCAUGGAAGCAAAAGUUACUUUGGCUGGCCUUCAAGGCUAAGCAAACCUUUGCCAACUAUAAGAUCCCUGGUGGAGGAAUCUUUGAUGUUGUUUUCAAGGAAAUCAAGUCUGCUACUGGUGGUCAUUUGAGAGUUGUGUUGAACGGUGGUUCUCCAAUUUCUCAAGAUGCUCAAGUCUUUAUCUCCACUCUUAUUGCUCCUAUGCUUGUGGGAUAUGGUUUGACCGAAACAUGUGCCAAUACCACCGUUGUUGAACAUAAUCACUUUGAAUAUGGUGUUUGCGGUACAUUGACUGGUGCAGUGACUGCCAAGUUGGUUGAUGUAGAUGAUGCUGGUUAUUUUGCCAAGAAUAACCAAGGUGAAGUUUUAUUAAAGGGUAAGUGUAUUACCAACGAAUACUACAAAAAUGAAAAGGAAACUGCUGAUAGUUUCACUCAUGAUGGUUGGUUCAGAACUGGUGACAUUGGUGAAUGGACUGCUAAUGGUGCCUUGAAGAUUAUCGACCGUAAGAAGAAUUUGGUUAAGACUUUGAAUGGUGAAUAUAUUGCAUUGGAAAAGUUGGAAGCUAUUUACAGAUCCAACCCUCUUGUUUUGAACUUGUUGGCUUAUGCUGAUCAAACCAAGGUUAAGCCAAUUCUUAUUGUAUUGCCAAAUGAAGCUCACUUGAAGAGUUUCUUGGCCAAGGAAGGUAUUUACUCUGAAUCAGAAUUAAAGUCCAAGGACUUGUCAUAUUUGUGUGAAGACGAAAAGGUUCACUCUGUUGUAUUGAAGAGUUUGUUACAAACCGGUAAGUCUCAAGGUUUGAAGGGUAUUGAAUUGAUUCAAAACAUUGUUUUGCUGGAUGAUGAAUGGACUCCACAAAAUGGUUUUGUUACAUCUGCACAAAAGUUGCAAAGAAAGAAGAUUUUAGCUGCCUCCCAAGAACAGGUUGAUCAAGCUUACGCCGACUCGUAAGUAGAU